GGCCGGCGGGUUUACCAGGGGAGCGGUGGCGUUGAGGGCUGCGGUCCGGCAGUCUGCGCUCCGCCAUGCCCGUACGCUUCAGGGGGCUGAGUGAAUAUAAGAGAAACUUCAGAUGGAAAACCCCAGAGUUUUGUAGUCCGUCCGAGCAGCAGAAAUCCUUGUGGGCAGGACUCCGGUCAGAUCAGUUUGGAAUCACAAGAGAACCAAACUUCAUUUCCAAGAGAAGGGUGCCUUACCAUAAUCCACAGAUUUCAAAGUACUUCGAAUGGACAGCAGAUUGUGAUUUGAAUGACCCACUUGAAAGUGAAGCUCUGAGGACUGCAGAGUUGCACACAGGCCACAGCAACAAUGUGAAUGAUGUGAAUGGGGAAAAUACUGAAAUGCCAAAAGGGCCCAGACUCCCCUCAGAAGUUCGGUCACAUACAGUAGAUUCGAGAGGUGAAACAGCUCUUGCCCUUGCAGAAAACCACAUGAAAAAAUCACCAUCUGCAGCUCCACCAAAUCAAAAUGAAGUAUUUUCAUCUCCAAAAAAGGAAUUAGAAAAAAUGGGUAAUGGGCUUCAGAGAGUCCUUCAGAGGAAAGCAGGCAUGAAUAUUCCACGUUUAUAUACUUUCCCCAGAAAUUCUGAAUAUCAAAGCCAGUUUGUUUGGAAGAAUCCUCAUGAAAAGUCACCGAUACUUGCAGCUGAACAGGUUAUUUGCAACACAGGUAAAACUCCUGCAAUUACUUCUGAAACUGCAUGUGAGAGAAAUUUCAAAAGGUCUCCUUCUGUUAAUGGUCCACAAGAGAGAGGUGGUUCAGAAGAGAAAGAAUUUCCGGUUUGUGAACAAAGUAAGAGGGAAGAACCGUUUCAAAAGCCAGCAGAAGAUGCAGCAAAACAAGGGAAAUCAGAACAGGAACAUCCUAAACAAAAAAAUAAACAACAUAUCAAUCCAAAGCCCCUCUCUUUACAUACAAGUCGUGGGAAGAUGAACACUGAAUAUAGGGCAAAAUUUCUGUCUCCAGCCCAGUAUUUCUACAAAGACGGAGCGUGGUCUCGUAUUAGGAAUAAAUUUCCCAACCAGGUUUCUCAAAACACUCUAAAUUCCAUGUGGUAUAUGGAGGUGAAAGAGCUUCGAGAAAGAGCAAAGGCGUACAGGCAACGAGUAGAGGGAACUCAUUUCUCCCGAGACCAUCUCAAUCAGAUCCUGUCUGAUAAUAACAGUCUUUGGGAUGUGUCCUCGAAUUCCAGUUCAGAAGAAGGCAUCAGCAACAACAUCAGAGCACUAGAUCUUGCUGGAGUUUCUGAAAAGGAAACUUCACCAAGCCCACAAAUGCAGCAGCAGUCUGAAUCAAGGAAACAGCCACACCAGGACAGCACUGAGACAAAAGAUAUGUCAGAUGCUUUAACUGUUCCAGUCAAAAGGCGUUUAGCUUGGGGUGAGCAAGAAGGUACUGAAGAAAGGGAGAAUCAUCAAUCAACAGAAGAGGGAGAAAAAGAAGAUGAGCAAGCUGCAGUUGUGGCUCAGCAUUUAGAAGAAAACAAUAAAAAUGCCAAUGAAGACAAGAAAAUAGAAGGUGAGAAUGCCUUAGUACUGAAUUCUUCUGCAGCUGUGUCAGAUUCUUCUUCUGUAUCCUCAAGGACAGGAGGCAGACUUCCAACCCCGAAGCUGAGAGCGCUUGGUAGAGCUCAGAGGACUCAUCAUGAUCUCACUACCCCAGCUGUUGGAGGUGCGCUUCUCGUGUCUCCUCCUAAAUUCAAGUCUUCAUCUUCACAGCAGAGAGCACGAGGUUUAGGAGCAGACCCUUCUUCAGCUAAGCAAGGUGCAAGAGAAGCUUCAAACAGAAGGCCCUUCCAGCAUGAUGCAGAAGUGGAAGCUGUGCCACUCCUUACCUCUCCACCUGCUGGGCUGGGAACUUUGGAUCCUCUGCCACUUAGACAGGAUCAGUGGCCUCCUAACAGGGUUUCUGAUCAGCAAGCUCCUUUUGCUUCAGCCCAUCAAGGGUGUGCCCCCACACCUCGUGUGCAGAAGUCAGCCAAAAGCUGUUCUAUGCCUUGCUGGAGUCCUUCUUGUCGUAUUCAAGGGACUCUCAAAGAUCCAGAAUUCCAGCAUAAUGGGAAUGUUGGCAAUCCAAACAUUAGAUCAUUCCAGUUACCCCUUCAGGAAAGAAACUAUAAGGAUGAAGAUGACAGGUUGUCUCAGAUCUCUGCUCGCUCAGCAGCAUCUAGCUCGCUUGCAUCUCAGAUACUGGAACGAGCUCAGAAGAGGAAGGAUUUCUGGGGCAAGACAUAAUCUCUCCCGCCUGUUGUAUAGAAACUGUUCUGUAAAAUGAUUUAUUUUUUUAUAGUUUGUAGUGUACAUUUUUUAAAAAUUGUGAUUGUAGAUACCAUGCAGCAUCCUUUCACUUAGCACUAAUAUGGCCCAAGUUUUAGGACUUGCCAUCCUAAUUUAAAUCUUCAAUAUUUAAACCAGUGUUGAAAAUGUAGGUCCUUUAUAUCUGAGAGUUACAUUUUCACUAUGACACAACAGCGAUGUGGUUUGGGUUUUGUUUUUUAGGUUGUUUUGUUUUUACAGUGGCACCUUUUGAAACCAAGAUAAUUAUU